CUAAUGAACGUUGAGACUUGUUCAUAUGAUCGUGGACUAGACACAACUCAAUCUCCGGGCGGAUUUUCCUGGCAAGUGUCGUGACCUGUUUAUAUGAUCAUGUUUCAGGUUAUAUGAUUUAUGCUAUACUUGUAUGCUUCUAUAGUACUUUAAAUUAAUGUUUAAUAUUCAUUUUUAGAUGAUUUUCUUGUAAAAAAUAUAUACAAUGAGUAAGAUUAUUAGAACAUUAGUGAAAGAUUCAAUGAUACUCCAUAAAUGGACUACUUUAUCAAAUUUUAGUACAAUAUCAAGCCAUGAUGUUUUAAUUGUUAAAAAUUUAAUAACAAAUAAUAAAAUUUUGGACUAUGAAAACACUAUGAAAUACAUUGAAGAAAAUGGUAAAAACAUGAAUGCAAAAACUGCUGUUAGAACUAUAAAUAUUUUAUAUCAAAAGUUCAAUGGAAAUAAAAAAUUAGAUCAGACGGAUUUCACAAAUUGCAAAGGAUUUGAAAAUAUUUGUAAAGUGAUACUCAAAGAUGUUAGAUCUUUAAGCAGAUAUGAUACUAUAAACAUUUUACAAUGUUUAUUAUUUUUUAAUGUUUCGGCUCACAGUGUAUUAAUUCAAACAUUGCUUCAAAUGAUACGUGUUUCCUUGAAUGAUUUCACAGUUGGACAGAUAAUGAUUCUAUAUAGUAUGUUAUACAAUAUGGAAAAAUCAUUUCUGUCUAUAUCUUUACUUCAUGCAUUACCUUAUGCUUUUAAACAGCAAGCUCAAAUUGAACUUAAUUCAGAUAGUACUAAUUUGUUUCAAGCCCUUAACUUCUGUUCUACAAUAAAUAAUGUAACUGCAAAAAGGCACAUUCUUCGAAUUUUACAGGAAAAUAAGAACAGAAUAAAUUUCGACAAUGUAAUGUUAGUUUUUAAUGCAAUAUAUAGUUUACCAAAGUUGUGUCCACCUUCUACACAACUUCUGCAUUAUGUACAAUAUAUGAUAUUGAUUAAUUGUAAUAGAUUAAAUUUCAAUGAAAUCGAGCAUUUACUUCAUUGCAUUUCUAAAAAAGUUCUAAAUUCAGAAAAGGAGUUCUAUAAUGAAGCAUUAAUAGAUAAAUUAUGUUCUACUGCGUUAAUUAGCAAUAUUACUUUCCAACAAAACUUAAUCAUCUUACAGCAUUUAAAUGAUAUACGCUUUAGUAAUAUUCCUUUGUUAAACUGUUUAGUGGAAAAAUGUCUUGAAAAUAUAAAUAUUUUAGAAAGACAUUCUAUUAAUAUACAUACAUUUAUCAAAGGCUUUAUUAUUGCUGAUUAUAUACCACAUAAUUGGGAAACUAUAGGCAGAAAAUUACAAAAUCUUAUUAUCGCUACAGAUUGUUCAAUACCUAACACAGUGCCUACUGCUUUCCAUUUAGUUUCACUAAAUUUUUAUUGUCCGGAAUUAAUAGAAAAGAUUUUCAUAUCAUAUAAUUCUUUCUGUGAAAGAAAUUCAUUUCUUUUUGUAAAAGAUAUUACAUUAUCUGUUUUAAAAUUAUAUUGGUAUAUAAAACAGCUUUAUCCUGAAUAUAAUGGAUUUGUGCCAGAUGAAAGCAAAUUAAAUGAAAUUAAAAUUGAACGUGACAGUAGUGAAAUACCUUAUUUAAUAGAUAGUCUAAAAGAAGCUGUUGGAGGUACUGAAUACAUAAAAAGUGGUUUAAGAACAAAAUUCGGCGAAUUUGUUGAUUACGUUGUUGUCAUACAACCAGAUGGCUCUUUUAUGAAUACUAAUAAUUAUGAUAAUAUUACAUUUGUUGAGGAACUAGCAUUGCUAACAGAAUGUAGCAAAAUUCUCUUUUUCGCUUUCCCAAGAAAGGCAUAUUCUAUUAAUAAAGGAAAUUUAUUAUCUACAGUGAAGAUACAAUUAAAAGUAAUAGAAACAUUACCAGGUUUUCACUCCUUUGUUAUAAAUCCAUACAUCUGGGAAAAGUUCUCUGAUAAAGAAAAAGUGUUACAUCUUCAGAAAGUCAUACAAUUGAAACAGUACAAUUCAAAAUGAUAGUAGUUCAUAAAUUGUUUAUAUAAAAUAAAUAAUUUAA